AGUUCAUUGCUUCAAUUUACAAGCAGCCACCAUCUUCCUGCUCUUCUUCAACCUGUAAUCCAUGUGCAAGUUGUGGCUUGGAAAGCAGCUAUAAGAGACCAAAUUGUAACCAUAAAUCCAUUGUUCUUGCAUGUAAUAAUAUCUCAUAAUGAAGACAACUCAGCUCUUUCUCUCUUUCUUUCUCUUCACCAUUUUCGCCAACAGAUCUCCACUCUCUGCAGCUGCUGAAGAACCUGCUCCGGUCCUCGACACAGACAGAAAUCUGGUCCGGGCAGGAGUCGACUACUACAUACUGCCGGUUAUACGCGGCAGAGGUGGUGGCCUUACACUAGCCAGCACCGGCAAUGAGACUUGCCCGCUUGACGUCGUGCAAGAACAACUUGAAGUGAGAAACGGCCUCCCCUUAACCUUCCGGCCAGUGAACCCCAAGAAAGGCGUGGUCCGUGUUUCAACCGAUCAGAACAUCAAGUUUUCUGGUGCCACAAUCUGCGUUCAAUCCACGGUGUGGAAGCUCGAUAACUACGACGCGUCGACAGGUAAAUACUUCAUAACAACGGGAGGAGUAGAAGGGAAGCCAGGGCGUGAAACCAUCAGCAACUGGUUCAAGAUUGAAACAUACGGAGAUGACUACAAGCUUGUUUUCUGCCCCACAGUGUGCAAUUACUGCAAAGUCAUAUGCAAAGACGUUGGCAUUUUUAUGCAAGAUGGAAAAAGGCGUUUGGCUCUGACUGAGGAUGCCCCGUUUAGAGUUAUGUUGAAGAAGGCUUGAAGCUGAGGAGACGGUCAUCUUUGCAUAAAAAACUGUAAUUUGAAUUCUGCUUUAUAAUGAAGUUGUGUGCCAAUAAUAAAUGCAAUGCAAUAAAAGGAGCCAAGUUUGUGGCCCUCAGUCCCUGUGAGUACAUAAUAUAUAUGCAGUAGCCAGCCAGCCAGCCAGCUAGCUAGUGGUUUAGUAA